GCCUUGAGCUUCGUCUCAGCCACAGCAAACUGGUCAUGUGCUGUCUCAAAGAGAUAGAUGGAACAAAGAGUUGAUUGUUAACUUAAUCUCACACCAACUUGAGCACGAGAACUAAAGCAGGGCGAAUAUUUUUGUUAAAGCAUGUUUUACAGAGCAAUCACAAAUCCCAUCAGCGCAAGCAACCAUCACAUAUUUCAUCUUUUCUCUAACACUUGUAUUUGUUCUAGAUAUCUACCAACAAUAAUUGGGGAAGAGAUUUUUGCCUGACAUAUUAACAGCAGUAAUAGAAGGAAAAAAGCACAACUUUUUAAUUAAAGCUGCAAUUGUGUAUUUAUCUGAGAGAAGAUCUGAUCGAAACCUAUGGCACUUUUUAUCCUAUGCUAAUUAGGCAUACAGGUUACAGAAAUUCUGCACUGAUCUCCUUUGUCCACUAGAGGGUCCUGAAUGUUGCACAGGCUGUGGAGGAACGGCCUCUCUCUCUCCCUCUCCAUCCGUCUUGCUUUUGCACAGAAGGGGUUUAACUUCCCAGGUCAGAAGCUGCAGCAGACACCUGUGGGCAAGGGGCAGGGAUGAGGGAAAGAUUUGAUGUACAUGCUGGUUUGCUGUGACUCCUGAUAGCUUCACGCAUGCAGGACAAAUGGCUUCCGCAGAGGCUGGUCAGAGCAAGACUGAAGCAGAGAAGGAAAAGAUUGUUCAAAAGUGGAAGGAACUGUGGGAGUUUCUGGAAGAGCAAAAGCAGCUCCUGAUGCGUUUCCUGGAAGGUCUAGCUCAAGAGAAGGUCUACCUCAUCCAGAGAAGUAAGGAGAGCCCUUCUGGAUCCUCUGCUGAGAUCGAUCUGCCCAGUGAGAAGGGAGGAGAGAAGGGGCUGCAGGUGUUAAUCCAGUCCCUUCAGGAAACUGCCACAUUUCAGGAACCAGAAGAUGGCGAUGGGGAACUGGAGUGGAGACUCAGGCACUUCUCUGAGAGCUGGACAGUCUUGCAGGAGAUGCUGAGUAGCUUCCAAGGAUCACUGCAGCUGCAGGUACAGAACCUCACAGAAACUAGAAUGGCCGCCUCGGAUUGCACCAGGACAGUUCCUCCUCCCAAACAGCGCAGAACAGAAACGGACAUGGCAAAACUGGUUCAGUGGCCAACGGCGUUUGAGGAUGUGGCUAUAGAUUUCACAGAGGAUGAGUGGGCCCAUCUGGAGGCCCCACAGAGAGCUCUCUACAGGGACGUCAUGCAGGAGAACUAUGAGAAUGUGACCUCACUGAUCCUGACAAUCAUGAAGCCUGAGAUGAUCUCUCAGCUGGAAGAAACUGAGGAACCAGGGAUGAAAGGCUUACGCAGGACCAAGAGACAGAAUCAAGGAAGACCCAUUCCUUCAGCAUAUAGUACAACUCGGAUCAAGCCCUACAAGUGCUCCGACUGCUGGAAAGGCUUCCGCUCUCGGCCGCAGCUUGCCAAACACGCCAUGAUCCACAGAGGUGAGAAACCGUACAAAUGUCCAGACUGUGGGAAGAACUUUAGCAGUCGAUCAAACCUUCUGAGCCACCAGAAAGUUCACGUGAAAGAGAAGCCAUACAAGUGCUCGGACUGCGGGAAGAGCUUCCGUUCGGAGCCAGAGCUUGCCAGACAUGAGACCGUCCACACUGGUGAGACACCAUACAAAUGUGCAGAGUGUGGGAAAAGCUUUAGUGCUCAGUCAAACCUUCGGAGCCACCAGAAGAUCCAUGUGGAAGAGAAGCCGUACAAGUGCUAUGAUUGUGGGAAGGAGUUACGUUCAAGGCAGCAGCUUACCCAUCAUGAGAUGAUCCACACGGGCGAAAAACCAUAUAAAUGUGCAGAUUGUGGGAAAAGCUUUCGCCAUAGGUCCAACAUCGUUGAGCAUCAGAAGACUCACACAGGGGAAAAGCCGUACAAGUGCCAUAUCUGUGGGAAGGGCUACAGUCAAAAAACGCACCUCUUCGUGCAUGUAAAAGAUAAACCCUAUCCCUGUCCAGACUGCGGGAAAACAUUCAGAUCAAGCAAAUGCCUUCAUGCACAUCAGAAGACCCACACGGGUGUGAAGCCAUAUAAAUGUGUGUUAUGUGGAGAGAGCUUUUAUUCCAGGCUGUUCUUUGUUCAGCAUCAUCAGAUGACUCACGUUGAUCCUCUAAACCCAAAUACUGGGAUACUGGUCAACUCUGCCACUAAACCUGUAGCCACCCCUCCUCUAAAGAGUUAACCGGAAGUGAACCCUGUCCUGACUGACAGGCUGGUGAACUGCAUAGGCUCAGCCGAUCAGCACACCAGGUGGGUGGGACCUAGAGAGCCAUUGGGAGGAAGGUGAGUUAGAAGGAACAGGCUGGGAGUACAGAGAGCUGAACAUGUGGCCAUGGAGGAUGACUGUAGCUCUUGGAAGAUAGAACUGCAGCGGCUUGAAAUCUCAACCAGGGCUUGGUGAGUUCAAGACAAAGGAAGCCAGGGCUUUGCAUUCGGGAAGUUUAGUCUAGGAAAAGUUUGUUUAGUCAGAUUUUGCAUUAGACUUCCUAUUUCUUUGGUGUGUGCUUGUAUAUCCCUGAUACUGUUCUGAUUGCUUACCUGUACUGUAAGCUUUUAACUGUGCUUUUGCAUUUAUCUUCAUACCUGUUCUUUGCAACUGGGUAACCACGAUUUUUUAAGUGUGCUGCUCCAACAUCACCUGGAGUGCUUUUUGAAGUAUUCUUGUAACCUACUGAGUAUUUUUACCUGUAUCUAAAAGCUGGGAAAGCCUCAGACGGAAGCAGUCUGUAGCAUUUGAAUAAAACUGUUUUUCUUUUUGUUCUUUUCUUUUACAA